AUGACUCCCAAGCAAGUUAAACAGAUCAGAGGAACUGUUCUUGUUCUUCAUGGGUUUGCUCAGAAUGGUAAAAGUUUUGCCAUUAAAGCAUCCGGGAUAAGAAAGGCAUUCAAGAAGGCUGGUUAUCAUACUGUUUUCAUCGAUGGACCUUUAAAGUUAGAGCCAGCAGAUAUGCCAUUUGAGGUGAAGACAAAUGGAACACCUUUUGCUGAUUUGAAUCUGAGGGGCUGGACUUACACUCAGCCAGACAGGUUUAAUAUCCAACCCUCUUUGGAUGUUGUUAGGGAGGCUUACAAAGAGCAUGGACCGUUUAUCGGCUUAAUGGGCUUUUCUCAGGGUGCUGGUGUCUUAGGUGCCAUUCUGUCAAGAUAUGCUGAAGUUGUUGGUGAUGAGAAGGCAGCAGACUAUUUGAAGUUUGCCCUUAUCUAUUCAGGAUUUGUUUACACUGAUAAGUCUAUGGAGAAAUUCUACGACAAGAAGAUUGAACUUCCUACUUUGCAUUUGAUGGGUGAAUUAGAUACCGUUGUUAGUAAUGAUCGGUCACAGAAAUUGGUUGACAGAUGUCUCAAUUCUACUAUAAUGAGACAUCCAGGGGGACAUUACGUGCCGAGUACUAAGCCUUUGUUGAGAAGUGAGAUUGCCUGGGUUCAGAAUGUUGUUGAUGGAAAGAAUAACGAAGAUGGUAAGGAGAAGCCAGAGGAUGCAAAAAAGAAGGCUGCUGAGGAUAAGAAGGAACUGGACGAUUUGGCAAAACAAAUGGCAAAGCUUGGUCAGGCUUAA